AAAGCCGAACAGUUCUAUCGCAAAGACACUCAGGGAAAGAAAGUAAUGUCUAUUCUAUUACACGGAGACGCGGCCUUCGCUGGACAGGGAGUGGUUUACGAGACCUUUCAUUUGAGUGAUUUACCCGAUUAUACAACUCACGGCACGAUUCAUAUUGUGGUCAAUAAUCAAAUUGGUUUUACAACUGACCCGCGAUUUUCGCGUUCUUCGCCGUACUGUACAGACGUGGCGCGUGUCGUAAACGCUCCCAUCUUUCACGUGAAUGCUGACGAUCCCGAGGCUGUGGUCUAUGUCUGUACUGUUGCCGCCAAAUGGAGAGCAAAGUUUGGUAAAGAUUGUGUCAUAGAUUUAGUGUGUUAUCGACGCAAUGGUCACAACGAAGUCGACGAACCGAUGUUUACCCAACCAUUGAUGUACACAAAGAUCCGAAAACAGGUGACGUGUUUGGAUCAAUACGCGGCAAAACUCGUCGCUGAGAACAGUGUUUCAGAAAGUUUUGUUAAAGAACUGAACGAACAAUACGAUGACAUUCUUACGGAAGCGUUUAAGAAGGCAGAGAAAGAGGUGAAGAUUCACGACAAACAUUGGUUGGACUCCCCGUGGAGUAGCUUUUUUGGCUCCAAAAAUCCUAUGAAAUGCGAUCCGACCGGUGCUCCCGAGGAAGUGCUUAAACAUAUCGGCACUCAAUUCAGUACUCCUCCGCCCGGAGACUUCAAAAUACAUCCCGGAAUCAAAAGAAUUCUGAAGUCGAGGUUAGAAAUGGUUGAAAACCGAUCCGUCGAUUGGGCUCUCGCGGAGGCCAUGGCUUUCGGUUCAUUAAUGAAGGAUAAAAUUCACGUCAGACUUAGCGGUCAAGACGUUCAAAGGGGAACAUUUAGUCACAGACACCAUGUCUUACAUCACCAGACAAUUGACAAAACUACUUAUAACGCGUUGAGUAACUUAUAUCCAGAUCAGGCGCCGUAUACCGUAUGCAACAGUUCUUUAUCCGAAUACGGAGUCCUUGGUUUUGAGUUAGGCUUCUCUAUGACUAAUCCGAACGCAUUGAUUAUAUGGGAGGCACAGUUCGGUGACUUCUUCAACACCGCUCAGUGUAUUGUCGAUCAGUGUUUGUGUAGCGGUGAAUCCAAAUGGGUUCGCCAGAGCGGUCUCGUCUUAUUACUACCGCAUGGUAUGGAAGGCAUGGGUCCCGAACACAGCAGCGCUCGACCCGAACGCUUCCUACAGCUUUCAGAUUCGGAAGCCGAUGAGUUUCCCCAAAUCGAUGAGGACUUUGCAGUGAAACAAUUGCAUGACAUCAACAUGAUCGUGGCCAAUUGCAGUACACCAUCCAAUUAUUUUCAUAUAUUGAGACGACAAAUAGCUCUUCCCUUUAGAAAACCUCUGAUUGUAUUUUCGCCGAAAUCGCUUCUUCGACAUCCGGAAGCGAAAUCCAGUUUUGAUGAGAUGACUGUCGGAACACAGUUUUUGCCAAUUAUUCCAGAUUCAGGUCCGGCGGCGAAAAACGCACAAAACGUGAGGCGAUUGGUAUUUUGUACGGGAAAAGUGUAUUACGAAUUGACUAAAGAGAGGACGGCUAAGGGUCGGGACAACGACGUGGCCAUCACUCGUAUCGAGCAAUUGUCUCCCUUUCCUUUCGAUAAGAUUCGCGAUGAAAUCCAAAAGUAUCCGAACGCAGAGCUCAUGUGGUCUCAAGAGGAGCACAAGAAUCAGGGCUAUUGGUCUUAUAUUCAUCCACACAUUGAUUGUGUGUUAAAUCAUCUCAAUCUCUCUCAAAAGAAACUUCGCUAUGCGGGAAGAGAUGUGUCCGCAUCGACGGCCACCGGAAAUAAAUAUCUCCAUAAGAAAGAGCAUUCGGAGCACAUGAACGACACGUUUCAAUUAUAAUCUACAAAAACAUUGACUUGACUUUGAUUUUAUGUUUAAAUUUCUGACUUGAUUUGUGAUAAAAAAAUAUUGGAAAUUAUUGCAAAUGAGUUUAUUUUUGAUUUUUGAAAACAUUA